AUGCAAAACCAGACAUCUGUAACUGAGUUCAUACUCCUGGGACUUUCACAGAAUCCAAAGGUUCAGAAAAUAUUAUUUGUAGUAUUAUUGUUUGUCUACAUCACAACUGUGGGGGGCAACAUGAUGAUUAUGGUGACCAUCAUCUGCAGCCCUGCACUGCUGACCUCCCCCAUGUACUUUUUCUUGGCAUUCCUGUCCUUCCUGGAUGCAUGCAUUUCCUCGGUCACAAUACCAAAGUUAAUUUUGAACAUGCUUAAUGAGAAGAAGACUGUCUCAUUUGAAUUUUGCAUGAUACAGGUCUUUGGUGUCCACUUCUUUGGUGCAGUGGAGGUGAUUGUCCUGACAGCCAUGGCCUAUGACCGCUACGUGGCCAUUUGCAAGCCCCUGCACUACUCUUCCAUCAUGAACUGGAGACUCUGUGGCACUCUAAUAGGAAUAGCCUGGGUAGGAGGUUUCUUGCACUCUAUCAUUCAAAUUGUCUUCACUUUGCAGCUGCCCUUCUGUGGACCCAAUGUCAUUGAUCACUUCAUGUGUGACUUGUUCCCAUUGCUGGAGCUUGCCUGCACUGACACACACAUCUUUGGCCUUUUGGUGCUUGCCAACAGCGGGUCUAUCUGCAUCAUCAUCUUCUCCUUCUUGCUUGUCUCCUAUGGUGUCAUCUUGUUUAAUCUAAGAGGUCAUAGUUUAGAAGGGCGGUGGAAAGCUCUCUCUACCUGUGGAUCCCACAAUGCUGUCGUAGUUUUGUUUUUUGUCCCCUGCAUAUUUAUAUAUGCACGACUCACAUUUGCAUCUUCUUUUGAGAAUAAGGUGGCUAUAUUUUAUGCCAUGGUGACCCCCUUACUUAAUCCUAUAAUUUAUACUUUCAGGAAUAAAGAAAUGAAAAAAUCCAUGAGAAAAAUGUGGAGGAGAUUCAUGGUGUUUUCUGAUAAAUUUUAA